GUGACAUGGGAGCAAUUGUACAGAAGGUGAGAAGCUCGUUUCACCAAGCGUACGGAAUUAGUAAGACGACGGCACAAUAUCCCGCAUCAGUAGAUGUUGCAGCAGAUGAUCAUUCACACCAGGAGACCCGAGGAGACACCAUCCUCCAUUACGCCUGCACCAAUGGAAACCUGAGUUGGGUGAGACGCAUCUUGGCAGAGGGCACAGUGGACAUCAACAGUAGAGGUUCGAACAAUGAGACGCCGAUAUUGAAGGCAGCAUGGCAGGGACAUCAUCAGGUGGUGGAGCUUCUUGUGGAGAGAGGAGCUGAUCUGUCAGUAGUGGAUGUGGUCGGAGACAAUAUCCUUCAUCGGGCAUGUGAUGGAGGACAUCUUGAUAUAAUGAAACUUGUUCUCACAUAUACCACUGGUUGCGUCAACGGUAAGGGAUAUUGCGGGAAGACACCGCUUAUGACGGCAGUUGGGUCUGGAUGUAGGGAGAUGGUGGAGUUACUUGUGAGUAAAGGGGCAGAUGUAUCCUUAGUAGACAACAGAGGUGACAACAUCCUUCAUCUGGCAUGUGAUGGGGGACAUUAUGAGAUCAUGAAAUAUGUCCUCUCACAGCCAAUAGACAUUAAUAGUAGAGGACGAAAAGGUAGAACACCGGUUUCGUGGGCAGCACGGCAUGGACACACGGCAAUGUUUAACCUUCUUGUGAACCGAGGCGCCGAUCUAACACUGGAUGGCAAUAUCUUCAGUUUGGCCUGUAAGGGAUCAGAGACGGAGAUAGUUAAGCUUGUCCUCUCUCAUUUAAGCGUGGACAUCAAUGUCAGAGGAUGUGAUGGGAGGACUCCCGUGAUGCAGGCAGUUUGCAAGGGACAACUUGAAAUGGUAAAGUUACUUGUAAGUAAAGGGGCUGAUAUGACACUAGUCGAUAACUUUGGGGACAACAUCCUGAACCUGGCGUGCGAUGAAGGACAUACUGAGAUAUUGCAGUAUGUCCUCUCACAGGACAUGCAAGCUAUUAACAAUAGAGGACGGUACGGGAGGACACCUGUUGUGUGGGCAGCAUUUGAAGGACAUAGAGAUAUCUUGGAAUUACUUGUGAAGAAAGGAGUUGAUCUGUCACUGGUAAGUGAACACCGCAACAACAUCCUACAUCUGGCCUGUUGUGGAGGACACGUGGACAUAGUGAAGUAUGUCCUCUCACAGAACGUGGUGGACGCCAACAGUAGAGGACAUGGCGGAAUGACACCCGCUAUGUUCACAGCAGAGGAGGGACAUAAGGAGAUAUAUAUGGUCCUUGUGAAAAAAGGAGUUGAUCUGUCAUCAAUAAGUGAUGAAGGUAACACCAUUCUUCAUGCUGCCUGCCUAGGCGGAAAUGUAGAAAUUCUGAGGCAUAUCCUCUCAGGACAGAUGUACGUCAACUGCAAAAGACGUGACGGGAUGACACCAGUUAUGUGCGCGGCUGUGAAGGGACAUAAACAAGCAUUUUGGAUACUUGUGUCUGCAGGAGCUGAUCUGUCACUGGCGAGUCGUGAUGGUGACAACAUUCUUCAUCUGGCCUGUCGUGGAGGGAACGUGGAGACAGUGAAGCAUGUCCUCUGUUCUGGUGAAGUUGACCCUAAUGCCAGAAACAGGUGUGGGGAAACAGCAGGCAUGAUAGCAAGACUUUGGCGCCACAGAUCACUGUGUGAUCUUGUGCCAUACGACGGUCACAGUAACAUGAAGGGACGAACAGGUCCCACUUGCUCAAGACGAUCUUAAAGUAGUGCUACGAGGGCGGUGGGGUAGGCUAUUGGUUGAAACGGUCGCUCGUCACUCGCAGACCAUUUCAACGUGAUCUCAGCGUUGUACGCUAGAGAUAGGAAAUGUUAUUGUUCACCUUUGGGAUAUUUAGGGCCACAUAAUCAGAAAUCAGGCACACUUCUACGGGGUUUUCGAAUGAUUUGUUAGAAAUGUUCACUUUGAGUGAUGUGGUUGUGCAGUCGUGAACAAAUAACUCCCAAAACAAUGCCACGAAAUUAUACCCUUCAAAGAGGACACUGAUGGCACAACCGGAUCAUCCCAAGUAAGUCUAGAUAUCUGUCCAGAUAGGUUAAACUGAUUUCUCAUUGGGACCCUAUCUAUUGAACGGUUGUCGUACAUUGUAAAUGGAUAUAGCUCGAUUACAUAUAAUGUCUGUGGAAGCUCAAUGCAUAACUAAUAUAGGAUGCAAACCACAUUUGAUGCGUGUGACUUUCUUGUUUAGUUUAAUAUCCCUCGGUCACAUGAGAUUGCUUCAGUUCUGCCUUUAAGUUGCAAAAUGAAUGACGUCUCGCGAUUUUU